UUCAGGUUUCAACUGCUCAGUAUGGCGCCGGUGUGCAAGGUGCUGUUGGUCGUGCUGGCCUGCGUCGCGUACGUAGCUGUUCACGUUAACGCUGGUGUCAUCUUCAAGAAGAAUUCACCCAAGUCUGUUGAGCGUCUGCGAAGCUUGCGUCCGAACGAGCUGGCUGAAGAAUUGAGCGGCCAGUACGAAGGUGAUAUGGUGCUAACGGAAGAGCAGGAAAGGGCUGUGCUUGGUAACAGGCGCAACGGAUUGAUCGCCACCUCGUACCGAUGGAAGGACAACACCGUUUCCGUACAGAUCGUCGAAGAGGACUUCACGCCCGAGCAGGUUGAACACAUCCGCCGCGGUAUGCGGCUCCUGGAGUCCGUCAGUUGUCUGCGGUUUGUGCCGCGCACGGCUGCGGACACCAAUUAUGUGAAAGUUAUCGGUACCGAUUCUGGGUGCUACUCGUACGUCGGGCAGGUGGGUGGUGAGCAGUUGCUGAACCUGCAACCGUACGACGUCGAUACCGGAUGCUUCCGGUUGGCGACGAUUCAGCACGAGUUCCUGCACGCGCUCGGUUUCUACCACCAGCAGAGUGCCAGCGAUCGCGACGAUUUCGUCGACAUCGUUUGGGACAACAUUGAGGAGGGCAAGGAGCAUAACUUCAACAUUUACCCCAGUACGACGGUGACCGACUUUAACGUGCGUUACGACUACGGUAGCGUAAUGCACUACGGUGCAACGGCGUUCAGCAAGAACGGCAAGGACACGAUCGUGCCGAAGGAUCCGAAUGCCGUCAUUGGCCAGCGUGUUGGGUUGAGCGAGCGGGACAUCUCCAAGCUGAAUCACAUGUACGGUUGUUUGAAUAAAUCGUGAGUCUGCCACGACUACCUCGGCACGUACCGGUGCGGUCA